AGCGGCUACUGCAGUUGACGCCGGCAGUAGUACAGUGUCGGUUUGCGGGAAUAAGACCUUCCGCUUACCUCUUCCUCGGGCGGCUCCUCACCCGGCUUCUUCCCCGCCAUGACCACCACGACCACCUACAAGGGGAUGGACCCCAGCGGGCGAAGCAGUUCCAGAGUUCUUCGUCCACCAGGUGGUGGUUCCACGUUCAACAUGGGAUUUGAUCUGCCAAAAGAACACCAAAACACAAGAAGACACAAGAUGGCAUCCAAUAUCUUUGGGACUCCAGAAGAUAAUUCAUCCUCCUGGGCUAGCUCAACAGCAGCCAAGCCCAGCGAUGUCAGUGAAAAUUCCGAAGCUCCUGGGUCACAAAGAAGAAAUUCUUCUGAUGCAAUCUCUGGUGACUUCGUGGAUCCAAAGGGCGAGGAAGGUGAGGCUCCCGAAAACACAGAGGUUGAAAUAGAAGCUGCCUCUGGCCCGAGUGAAGAGAAGCCUGUGCCGGCUGCACCAGUUCCUAGCCCCGUAGCUGCAGCACCCGCACCAUCUAGGAGAAAUCCACCUGGCGGAAAGUCCAGCCUAGUCCUUGGUUAAACUUAUUCCUCCUUUGCUCCUCCUCCUAACUACUUGGAACUCAUGUCUGUCAUCUUUGUUUUCCUUCCAUGCUUGUGAGCUGCACAACUUGAGCCUGACUGUACUUCUUCUCAAACUGUCAUUAAAGAAGCACUUUAUGUACUUCAUCUUUUUUAAAGGAAGGUUUUUUCAACUUCUGUCUUGUCUCCCUUGGGUCUACUGGAAGUGGAAUGUGUGAUUUCUUUUCCUAGUGGUAGACGUAGAGCAGUGGCAUUCCUAUGCAGCCCAUGGCUGAUGGAAAGAUUUCUAAGGUAUAUAUAUAUAUAGUAGUGUAUCAUAACCUAGGCUGGUUGGUUCUGAGUGUGUUAGAUGGCAUUUUGUCCUGAAAUUUGUAGAAACCCCUUAGUUAGCUUAGAAGAAGGGUUGAAAGUCCAGGGUUGCACAGAUCAGAAGACGGUUGACAAAUGUACUCUCUCUUUCCUACCUAUCCCUGCAACACAUACUAGUUGGUUAGCCAAGGUAUCAUUCAGUAACUGGUAAAUGCCUAAAGCCCUGUUGUGCAUUUCUGAACAGUAAGAGUCAUGGUGCUAGCGAUUACCAUGCUGCCUUCAAACAAGAAGAAUCUUGGUUCAGGCAUAUCAAGUUGGGACCAGUGCCAAAUGACAGGGCUAGUAAUUUGAGAUGCUGUUCUGUUGCCCCAGUAUCGGGACCCACCUGAAGUCAAGGUGGAGUGGAUCUUGCAGAAGUAAGUAUUGGAGACAGGAACAAUCUCUUUUAAGAGGCAGUCUAGUUCAAACAAUUCCUGUGCUAUGCAUGAUCAUGUUGGUGCUUGACCAUGAGGUGAGAGUUUCAUCCUUCUAAAUGUGUGUUGUAUCUUGAUAAAGCUGGAUUGUUGCUUAAAUAAAAUAUAUAGAAAUUUUGAA